AUGUACUGCAACUCGAACGAGCGUCUUUUCCUCCGGGACUUUGUCCUGUGCACCCCCGGAACGAGCGGUGGUCGCCUGGCCCGAUGGCUCCAGCCCGAAAGCUACGUCGACCCGAGCAAGUGCGAAAUCCUCUGCGCCCGGGACGAACUGCGCUCCGGCCUACCCACGAUCGUCACCCUCGUGCUCAGGGACCAGUACGGCGAGCUCGUCCACGCGCCCAACCUCAAGAUCGAGGCGAAGGCGGUGCCGUUCGACAAGCUGUCCGAGUCGGAGCACACGCGCAAGAGCCAGCGGAGCCUGCAGAUAGACUCGGCCACGUUCGGCGGCCACCCCCGACCAUCCCUCGAGAUGCCCUACGAGGUCACCUGCCUCGACGACCCGUACAAGCUCAAGUUCCACGCUAUCACUAUCAUGAAGGCCUACCGCAACUACUCGUUCGAGGAGCUGCGCUUCACCUCCUCGGCCCUCAAGCGAUCCUGCGAGAGCAUGAUCGUCAUGUUCAGCGGGGACGGCUACUACAAGGCCACCUGGACGCCCUUCUCGGUCGGCUGGUACUCCAUCGAGGUCAACGUCGACGGCUACGACAUGGACAGCAGCUACAAAGUCGAGGUGAAGCGACCACCCCCCGACCAAAUGCCGGUGCCCACGAACAUGAAGAAGCUGAAGAACCCACCGGCCAAGACCUGGAAGUUUGUUGCCAAAAACAGCGCCGGGCUGAGGAUACGGGCCCACCCCUCGCUCCAGAGCAAGCAGAUCGGCAUCGUACCGAUCAACGGCACCAUGACCUACUGCGACGAGAUCCACAACGACGACGGGGUUUGGUAUCGCUUGAGCGUGGACAGCAUCACAAAGUACUGCAACAGCGGCCACUUGGAGGCUUGGUGCUUGCAGUACAACCAGCACCUGUGCCAGGCCCUUUUGUUGCCGGUGGAGGAGGCCAAGCCCACGGGUGCCACCAACCUCGCCAAGGAGAACAAAAAGUCGGAAACAAACGAAGAUAAAAAGAGAAGCGUGACGUUCGAGGCCGGAAAAAUCAUGACUGUGGUGACCUGCGGCGCCUCCGCCCACAACGUCAGGUGCAAGCCGAGCUUGAAAGCCGAGGUGGUGGGAUCCCUGUCGCUGGGCAACACGGUCACCGUCCAAGAAUUCUCGGCCAAUCGUUACGGCACUUGGGUGCGCAUGGACGCCCACUCGACGAGCAAGUACUGCUUCUUCGGUGAGGAGGAGGCUUGGUCCCUGGCUGUGAACAAACACGGGGUCGUCUACAUGAAACUCGCCGACGACUGCGUGCCCGAGGACGCGCAAGUAGCUCAGAAGCAAGUGCCGAACCACAAGGGCCCAGAGCAACCAGCCACGAGCAGCCGAGCUGCCGGCGAGCAAGUUAAUUCCCUGCCAAACUGCGACGGUCCCAACAGCUCCUUUCUUUUCGGCGCCUACGGCGGCAGCAACGGCGUCAAACAGUACCAGCAGGCCGAGUCGCAGACGGACAAGCUCGAGAAAGCCAUCGAGCCGCUGGCCAAACCGGCCAAGGGACCCUUGAAGGACCGGCCGAGCAAGGAGCGCGAGCCCGGUGGUGGCAAGUUCAGCGUGCUCCAAAAGUGGCUCAGGGGCGACGACAAGUCCAACGCAGAGAAGAAGAGCUCGCCGGGAAGGGACUUUUCGGAGUUUGUCGGGGUCUCGGUGAAGGAGCUGGUGAAGGCGAUGGGUGAGAGCCGAGCGAACGGCAACGGAUCGACGCCGCCGGAGACGCCGAAGCGACUGUCUCGCAGCUCCUCGCCGAAGAAUCCGCAGGCGGGCUCGCCACGAUUUGCCAGCCGGUCUUCCAGUCCAGUACCGAUUCCUGCUGGUUCCAGUCGUCUGCCGUUUGGUUCCGGUCUCUUUCCGUCUGCCGCUACUGCUCAAGGUGGUAAAAAUUUCACUGGGGGAGACAGUGCCAGCAGCAGUCCCUUGCACUACGGCUCCCCCCGAAGUAUUGGAGUCUCGCCUUUAGUGUCGGGCGGAAUGAUGGACAGCGCGACAUCCCACCGUCGUGGAUCGACGCAAAGCGACACCAGUGCCCUCGUGAGCAGCCUAACCCGAGACCCAUCCCAAUCCCCCAGUGGCAUCAGCUCCAUGGCCAACACGACGCGCGACAUAUCACCCAGCCCGAGUUGCAGUUCGUUGCACAUACGCUCCGAGGGCAGCAUGUCCAGUCCCCCCGAGACCCCAAAAAUGAGCGACUCCCAGGAGCUCUCGAGGCGGGUCUCGGAGGCCCAGACGCAGACCAGCCCGGAGAGCGCGACCACGGCCAUGAAGAACAGCUUCCCCGUCAAGGAGGACCGCCACGCGUUGAAGCACUACCGCCGCGAGCACGCAAAGACCCCCAAAACGAGAAACAAGCGAGCCACUUCCCCGGCGAAGAACCAACAGAUAACCAGUCCCACUUGCGCCUUGAACUUUAACAAGGAAAAGGUGAAACCGGCGAUAAGCCCGUCGGUGGCCGAGUGCCUGCGCGCCGUGUUCGCCGCGUUCGUCUGGCACGAGGGCAUAGCCCACGACGCCAUGGCCUGCGCGAGCUUCCUCAAGUUCCAGCCGGGGCUGCCGAAGCAGGGGGCCCUCGUGGUGACGCGGCAGGCGCCGUCGACCAGCAACGAGAGGCGCAAGCACGAGAUGACGCGGGAGGAGCGCGCCCGGCAGAGGCACUCGGUCGAGGUGACCAACGACGGCAACUACCUGCACAUACAGCCGAGCACCCUGGAGAGCCUCACGCGCUCCGCAGCCAACGCCAACGCCAACAGGAACCGAAAGAAGCCAGACUCGGCCAUCAAGGAGGAGACACCGGCGGGCAGCAACCUCUCGGCCCUCCCGGAGCUGACCACCGUGGCUGUUCUCCCGCCGUCCCUCAAGAGUCUCGUUUUCCUCUGGGAGGAGCUCAGCACGGGUACCCUACAGGCUAUCGAGCAGCAGACUGUGUUACCUAGUCCCCAGAGCCGGGGACCGCCCCCACCGCCGGUCAAGUUCGGUAAGCGAUCGUCCAACGAGUUGCCCUCGAAGAUACCCACGUCGACGGGUGCGGCGGCAAAGGACAGCGGCAACGAGAAGCGCGACAAGAAGCAGAGCUCGAAGGAGCGGAAGGAGUGGAGGUCCGAUGUGGCGAAGGGACUGGCGGAGGCCACGCCCGUCGUCGAGCGAGGCACGUGCGAGCUUUGUGGUCUGAUGGUAUGUUACCCCGUGCCCGAGCACAUGCAGAACUUGCACCCGGGCUGCGGCUGGAACGCCGGUGGCAAGGGGUACAAUGCCGCAGGGAGCUACUGCGUCGGUUGGGCCGGUAACUGCGGCGAGGGUGGUAGCGAGCCCACGGCCUGGUACCUGCUGUGCGACACGUGUCGCGGCAAGUACAUGAAGAAUCUGGACGUCACGAUGGCGAGGAAGAGGAGGCACCGGCGCAACGACAACAAGCUCAUGUCGCCUGGCUCGCCCGAGGGUGACGAGACCCACGUCAUCCUGAAGAACAACGCAAUGUUCCUGCUUGACCUGGCGAGCGCCGCGGGGGUCAACAUUCCCAAGCAGCAGCGCCGGUCCUCGCAAACCCUCAGCUCCGUCGCGGAGAAUUACAGUCCACCUGAGCCGGCCGGCCCGUUUCCCUCGGCUGGACCGUUUCAGUGUCUGCACGCUCUUGGUGUUCAGAAUCUCCAGACCAGCGAGGAGCGCCUGUACGAGGAGACUCUCAGGCGCCAGCAGAGCUCCUACGAGGGCAACAACGUAGGAUCGUCCAUGAGUAAUGGAAGGCCUCUGUCCGAAUGCCCGAUGAGUGACAGUGACAGCGACAGCGGGAAAAAUCGAGGGAUGUUUCACAGGUCGGUUUCCAUGUCGACUGGAGCUCCUUGGGCAAAAACUCAGGAUGGCCGUAUCGUGCUGAUGCGCAAGAGGAACAACAGCAGCAGCGAAUUGAACAACGAUGCCGGCUCCUCGCUGAUCUGUUACCCCUCGGCUGCACUACAGAAGCUAGUCCCGUCGAUGGAUCAAUCGGCAAUAGUUUCGACGAACCAAACGCCCGAGUCGGCUACGAACAACGAGCGCGUCGAUCUACUCUCCAGGCCGGUCAUGCUGUUCGUCCUGCAGCAGCACAACCUUCAGCACCUCCAGUACGCCAUGAAGCAGGCGCUCAGGCGCGCCACUUGUCGGGUGUACGCUAUGCAGGCGCUCAACUGGCUGCUACGUAGCGUCACUCAUCCUAUUUGCUUGCAUGAUUUGCUCUGGUGGUUCACUGCUUCGCUCACGCCGGUUGUCAACGACUUGAUGAACAUCAACGAGGACGACAACAGAAAACGGUGCAUCGAGAGAAAAAAGGAUUACGACAUGGUCGGCGUGUGCGAACAUCCUCUGAGUGACUUGUUCAUCGCUGGAGAGGCCGCUACCCCGUUGCUCACGUCAACGUUCCAUACUCUGUUGCAAACGAUUGCCGAUCUGAUGCUUUUACCCCCACCUGGUUCUCCAUUGCAACAAGCGGCAGUGAGAUGUUGGGCGAUUGAGUUUACACCAGCUGAUCACAUGUUUCUGCACAGGAGCCAUGUUUUUAGCAACAUAAGCAAAAUACUGUCGCGCUCCGAGGAGGAAGAGGACGCGGCAAUGAGCAUGCACAAGAGUCAUCAGUCUAAUCUGUCGAAUCAAGCACUGAGCUCCGUCGAAACUCUAAGGGAUUUGACCUCGAGUGUCGAGAUCAAAGCUUCGAGCAGACUCGCGAUGAUCAGCAAUCUCACGGACGGCACGACAGAGACCUUUUGGGAAUCCGGUGACGAGGAUCGGGACAAAGCGAAAACAAUCACUAUCGUCAGUGGUGGGCACAUGCUGCCCAAGAUGAUCUACAUUCAUAUUGAUAACUGCCGAGAUUUGACGCAUAAGGUAUCGAGCAUCGCGUUUCAAUCGGGCAUUGAUUCGGACGAAAUGGUCAAACUCAAGACCGUGGAAAUCGAAGGUAGAUCCACCGGCUGGGUGAGCUGUCCAAUCACUAAUCCUAGGCAUCUGAUGGUCAACCUCGAGCUCAAGGGUCCCGAUAAUUCAUUGAGAGUGAGGCAAAUUCGUGUUCUGGGAGAGAUCGAGGGAGAGCCUCUCAAGAUUGGAAAGCAGAUCAGUGCGUCAUCCAUUCAGCAGAAGAACUGCGAAGCAGAAACUCUGAAAAUAUUUCGCUCGAUCACGUCGCAAGUUUUCGGUAAACUUAUCGAAGGUGAACGUAUGAGUCCAGCGGCAAAUACGUCGACUCACGUGGAACCAAACAACGAAGAACUGGAGGAGAGUAACGAGCUACGAGAACACGUGGUUGGCAUACUGUUUAGCAGAAGCAAGUUGACGCAUCUACAGAAGCAAGUUUGCACGCACAUAGUACAAGCGAUUCGUAAGGAAACAUUACGGCUCAGGGAAGAGUGGGAGGCUCUUUUAUGCUCACCAACUCCAGCCAACAGUUUGACAAGCGACAACAGCGACGCGCUGAAAGCUGCUGAUACCUACUGUUUCGAAAUGUUAUCGAUGGUUUUGGCUCUGAGUGGUAGUUCCGUCGGCAGGAAUUACCUUUCUCACCAGUAUGGACUGUUGAAGGAUCUUCUGAGCUUAUUGCACACAGGAUCGGCAAGGGUCCAGAGACAGGUGACUUCUUUGCUCCGAAGAAUCCUACCUGAAAUAAAACCCGAUGUGCUUGCUAAUAUCGUUGGCGCGGAGAAGCUGCCACCAUCCGAUUAUAGUAUCAUUACCGCCACGAGUAACGGAUACUCGCAGUUGAUGGACAUCGACGAUAGUAGCGUGGGUGUGUUGGACGUAUUCUUCAGUUGUAUCGCCAAAGCUCUGACCGUUCAAGUUAAAGUCAAGGAUAAAGAGAGCAACGGAAAAGUCAUGCAGUCCAUUUCACUGGCUACAAGUAUACACCCAAAAAGCUCAGUCGGCGUGAGGUGGUGGCUGAGAGGCUGCAUUACAAGGAAGCUGGCCGAGGAAAUAAUACAGCUUCUCAAAGACAUGGCGUCUGGCAAGUUAUCAGAAGCUUGGGCUAACGUGACAAAGGCAGCUAUCGCAGAGACGAUUUUAAAUCUCACACGAUUAGACGAAAAAUGCAGAGACCUGACGAAAUGUCUUCGAUCGCCAACUUUGUGGCUCGCCCUGUCUUCUCUCUGUGUUUUAAACUCCGAUCACGUGGAAAGGCUAUCUUCCGGUCAGUGGACCAGCGCCGACGGCCAACCACUGCCUCCCAGACCAACGUGCAGUAACCACGAUGACGGCAAAACAACAGCGGUGAUCCAGUGUAACGUCUGCGGUAAUUUGUGCGUCGAUUGCGAUCGGAUUUUGCAUUUACAUCGCAGAACGCGAUCGCACGUGCGACAGGUAUGCAAAGAAGAGGAAGAGGCAAUUCGCGUUGACCUUCACGAGGGCUGUGGGCGGAUAAAGCUGUUCUGGAUCCUCGUACUGGCUGAUAGCCAAACGCUCAAAGCUCUGGUGGAGUUUCGCGACGGACCCUCUCAGAAGCCCGUGGGAGCUACAUCAGGAGUUUGCAGAUUUUGUGGAACGACAGGCAAUACCGGACUCCUGGCGAUCGGUAACGUCUGUUCGGAUCACGACUGUCAAGAGCACGCCAAGAACGCGUGUAGCAAAGUACUCGCAUGCGGACACUUGUGCGGAGGCGUUCGUGACGAAAGUCCCUGUUUGCCUUGCUUGCAACGCUGCAAUCGAGACGACGAUCUGCGCCAGGACGCCGACGACAUGUGCAUGAUCUGCUUCGUCGAAGCUCUGUCGUCGGCGCCGGCUAUCAAACUGCAUUGCGGCCACGUUUUUCACCUGCACUGCUGCAGAACCGUGUUGAUCAAGCGCUGGGUUGGUCCCCGGAUAACAUUCAGCUUUUCGCUCUGCCCCAUCUGCAAAGUGCCUAUGAAAAAUACGCAUCUCGUCGAGCAGCUGGCUAGCAUCAAGGAGUUGUACGAAGAUGUGAAGAGGAAAGCACUGAUGAGACUGGAAUACGAGGGCCUAGACAAAUCCGAGGCUGUGACAACGCCGGGUGGCCGGUAUUAUCAUGACCCUGCGGUCUACGCGAUGGAUCGCUAUGCCUAUUACAUGUGCUACAAAUGCCAGAAAGCCUACUACGGCGGAGAAGUGCGCUGUGACAUUCAGCAAGGCGACGAGUCAUUCGAUCCGGCUGAACUCGUCUGUGGAGGUUGUAGCGACGUGGCUCGAGCUCAAAUGUGCCCCAAGCAUGGUACCGACUUUCUUGAAUACAAGUGCCGCUAUUGUUGCUCCGUAGCAAUUUUCUUCUGCUUCGGUACCACGCAUUUCUGCAAACCUUGCCACGAUGAUUUUCAGAGGGUCACCCAUAUCCCUAAAAACGAAUUGCCUUCGUGCCCGGCAGGACCUCGAGCAAAACAACUGGGUGGAGAGGAGUGUCCGUUGUACGUUAAACACCCGCCGACUGGAGAAGAGUUCGCUCUUGGUUGCGGCAUUUGUCGCAAUGCGCAGACUUUUUAAGAAGUGGGGUGCCAACAAAAUACUUUUACCGAAAGCAUGGGAGAGUUAAAACUUUGUAUUUUGCUUUUUUAAUGCAAGACUUACUGCUAUGACAAAAAAUUACUCAAUGAAGACGAGUUAAUGUGAAUGGAAUUGAGAUUACGAAUCGUACCGUACGUUGAAAAACUGUGUAUUAAUAAAUUAUCGAUAAAUAUAAUUAUGAACAAAAGUGCUAACAUCGGGGCUAUAAUGGUCGCUGAGAAAUAGAUCCAUUUUUUAUAGAGUAAGUGAAUAGGAAGAUGAUUUAUACGAGCGCGGGUGUCUACUAGUGAGGAGAAAGUGAUGUUUAUACAAAGUCAUUAGGUAUAAAUUAAUAGUCUUGUAUUAAAGUAAAUUGAAUUGCCUUUUGUCGAUGAUACAGGGAGAAGGUGUAUUAAAAAUGUAAAAAUAAACCAUGUGCUUAUUAAGAGACACGAACGAUUGUGUGAAUGUAGGUAAUUAUACAUAAUGAUGAAAAAGGAA